GAACACUGGGGAACCAUGUCAUUUCACCCAUGCGUUUGCAGUGGGGCGAUUUUCAGUGUAACACGCUGGGUUACACUCACUUUCUCUUUUAACUUACCGGUAAGUCAAGGGAGGUGGAAAUUAUUCGAAGAGAAGGCGAGUUUAGUUUACGAUCCCCAGUUAAAAAUGGUUCUUAAAGAAAUUCCUGCUGAAAACAUUGCUCGGCCUCUGAGUCGCAAUGAAGUGAUUGGCCUACUUUUUCGUCUAACUAUUUUUGGCACAGUGACAUACUUUACCAUUAAAUGGAUGGUGGAUGCUAUUGAUCCAACCAGGAAACAGAAAAUUGAAGCACAAAAGCAGGCUGAAAAACUUAUGAAACAAAUUGGUGUGAAGAAUGUUAAGCUUUCCGAAUAUGAAAUGAGCAUAGCUGCUCAUUUGGUGGACCCUCUGACUAUGCAGAUCACGUGGAAUGACAUUGCUGGUCUGGAUGAAGUCAUAAGUGAACUUAAAGACACUGUUAUUCUUCCUGUUCAAAAAAGGCAUCUUUUUCAUAAUUCAAGACUGCUACAGCCUCCAAAAGGAGUCCUUCUAUAUGGUCCCCCAGGCUGUGGAAAAACUCUGAUUGCCAAAGCCACUGCUAAAGAAGCAGGUUUUCGCUUCAUUAAUUUACAACCAUCCACUUUAACUGAUAAAUGGUAUGGGGAAUCUCAGAAACUUGCUGCAGCUGUUUUUUCUCUGGCAAUUAAAUUACAGCCUUCAAUCAUAUUUGUAGAUGAAAUUGACUCAUUCCUAAGGAGUCGUUCUAGUACUGACCAUGAAGCAACUGCAAUGAUGAAAGCUCAGUUCAUGAGUUUGUGGGAUGGCCUAGACACCGAUUAUAAUUGUCAGGUUAUUGUAAUGGGAGCUACGAAUCGUCCACAGGAUUUGGAUUCUGCUAUUUUGCGACGGAUGCCUACAAGGUUUCACAUUAAUCAGCCUACACUCAGGCAACGGAAAGACAUUUUAAAACUAAUAUUGGAAAAUGAAAAUGUGGAUGAGGCUAUUGACUUUAAUAACAUCGCUAAAGAAACUGAUGGAUUCUCUGGAAGUGACCUGAGAGAAAUGUGCCGAGAUGCCGCUUUGCUUUGUGUGCGGGACUACAUACACAACAGCAGCCCUCUUCUGAGCAGCCAAGAGGAGGAGGAUGUUAUUCGACCUAUUCAGAAGGAUGAUCUUCUUAAAGCAAUUGAAAAAAUGAAAAAGUCAAAAAAUGCAGGUGCUCCUGCCUCCCUAAUACAUGCUGCCUUAGACUGAAUUUGAAAGUCCAGCCAAAGACUCUGUAUAGCGCAUAAUGAAUCAAUCGAUUUGCUUGAAACAGAGAAAUGUUUGUGUACAGAAGCAGAAAAGAUAUAAUCCUGUAAGUGUGGAAAAAAUAAAAAGAAAAUGUAAUGAAGCUUUUAAUUUCCAAUACCCGUUCAUGUUCACAGCCAUGUAACAUCGGUGCACUUGGAUUUGCAGUAUGUUUUUAGGUGUGUGGCAUCCAUCAAACACCUCAGUUCAGUUCAUUUUUUUUGUAUAAAUGAUCUUAUGGUUUUUCAAGAAAAUGCUGUCAAAGUGUUUUGUUAAAAACAUUUGUAAAUUUCUCCAGUCUUUUUUUUUUUAUUCUUAUUACAGAAAAAUAAGUGGAGAGUCAUUGUCUUUAGUUCCUUCUGUCCCGUAUAUGACCGAUUGGUUGUCCAGUUAUUAGUCGUGUGUAUUCUGAUACCGUCCGGGUGUGAUUUGAGUUUAGCUCUCAAAAGCCUGUCUUUAGCUUUUAAAGCCAUGGUGUAUUUCAGAAAAAUCCUCUCAAGCCUUACUUGACUCGGUACUAGCAGAUGUAACGAAAGCCCAAAGUCGCCUUCCUCGGAGGUUUAUUAGGUGGAGCAAGGAGAGCUACACCAGGGCCUCCUGCUACUGCCUGGGACUGAUUGAACUUUUUGGGUUAAAGACAUUUUUGUUCUUUAUGUAGUUCUGCAAUUUCAGGAAAUUACCCAAAUAACAUUUUUUUCUUUUAAGAGAUAAAGGGGGACAAGGAAACAUUUCUUCAGGUUCUGGGCUGCUUGGUUUAUUCCAUUUGUUUUAGUUUCUGAAAGACGCCUAAAGAAAAUGAAGCUUUGUUUAAGAAUAUUACAAAAUGAAAAGAUCACAGUGCUGUAUGCGUAAUGCGACUUUCAUCCUGUCCUGUUCUGAUCCUCCAGUAUGCUGAUUGUGCAUCGAGGUAUUUGUUCGGAAAAAACCAAACCUCCAGUAUCAAAGUAUUUGUACCAUAUUUACUAAUGUUUACUCAUGGAAGACUCCUCAAUAGACAAUAAACAGGAUUCUAUUUAUUGACUCUUUA